AUGGUGCAGAGGGAUCCAGGCGCCAAGGCGCUCGUGUUCAGCCAGUUCACGUCCAUGCUCGACCUCAUUGCAUACCGCCUGCACCAGGUGGGAGUGCGGUGUGUGAAGCUGGAUGGCAGCAUGACAAUGGACGCUCGGAAUCGCAUCAUUUCCACCUUCACUCGCGAUGCUGACUGCCGGGUGUUCCUCAUGAGUCUUAAGGCGGGAGGAGUGGCUCUCAACCUCACCGUUGCUUCCCACGUCUUUCUGAUGGACCCUUGGUGGAACCCUGCUGUGGAGCAGCAAGCGCAGGACAGAAUUCACAGGCUCGGGCAGUUCAAGCCUGUCAGGGUGACGCGGUUUGUGAUAGCAGGCACAAUAGAGGAGCGCAUUAUAAAGCUGCAAGAGAAGAAGCAACUGGUGUUUGAUGGCACGGUGGGAGGAUCAUCAGAGGCGUUGGGCCGGCUGACAGAGGACGACCUGCGCUUCCUCUUCACCAACUGA